AUGUCCAUCAGUCAAUUGGACCCCAGUUUACUCAGCUCACAGCCGUUGAACCAAUCCCCCGGGACACCAAACCUUGCAGACCUCUCUCUUGGUUCAGAAUUUUCCGGCAUCUCAAUGGGGCGCACACGCAGCGAAGCCGACCCCAAUAGAGCCAAUGAGAAACCCAAACGCUCUGGAAGGACCAAGGCACAGAUGGCUGCCUAUCGGGCUGAUCUGGAGCGCAGCAAGAAGCUCACUGCCGUCGAAAAGAUCACGGAGGGUGCAAAGCGAGGCCGGGAAAAUGGUCCGACUCCCGGGCAUCUGUUUGGGCAUAAAUACCCGGGUGUUGCCACACUUGCUACCCAGUUGACUGUCUGGCUCAAGAUGGCCGAAAAUAGAACCAAUCACCAGGAUUUCAAUCACCCCGAGCCCAGAAGGUAUCCGCCCGCGUGGAAUCAGGAUGGUGUCAACGGGGGCCCUUCAAGCAUGUCACUCUUGGUAAACUGGCUUGUUAACAAUGGCAACUUCAACCGAUGGCUAUCCUGUGGGUUGAAUGGGCCCCUCCAAGAGGAACGACUGGCGCUCUGCUCGGAGGUAGAGCAGAUCUUGCGAGCGCAUGGGAUCAUGACGCGACCACCCAGAUAUUAA